AUGGCACAACACGAGAAGGGAGUCGACACAGAGUCGCCUGUCCACAAAGACGGCGUCCAACACCACGACGAUGCCGGCGACGGCCGCAAGAAAAGCAUCGCCGAGUUGACCCAGAACCUAGAGGGCGAGAUCAAGAACCCGCUCAAGGGCAUCCCCAAGGCGGAGCUUCUCGAGCAGGUGACGGCGUACCAGCGGGCCCACGGGCUGCCUGACGACAUCCUCCCGCUGCUCAAGAAGGGCGCCCUCGUGGCGCAGAGUCCGGCCCUGUUCGAAUCCAUCGAAGAGCUCGACGAGGACGAGAGGCAGGCCCUGCGCGAAGAGGUGACGAACCGCUGGAAGCACCCGUGGCCGCUGUACUACACCAUCAUCUUAAACUCCAUCGCCGCGGCGAUCCAAGGAUGGGACCAGACCGGCUCCAACGGCGCCAACCUGGCGUUCCCCGUGGCGCUCGGAAUCCCCGACGCGGCCGGCUCGGCCUGCGGCCCCGUCGCGAACGAGGGCGACUGCGCGAGGAACAGCUGGAUCAUCGGCUUCGUCAACUCCAUGCCCUACAUCACCAUCUGCCUCUUUGCCGGCUGGAUCUCCGACCCCCUCAACGAACUCCUCGGCCGUCGCGGCGUCAUCUUCGUCGCCGCCAUCCUCUCGCUGAUUGCGCCGUUUGGCAUGGCCGUCUCGCAGACUUGGGGCCAGCUCGCGGCGUCUAGGAUGCUCCUCGGUAUCGGAAUGGGCCUGAAAGAAGUGACGGUCCCUGUCUUCUCCGCCGAGAACUCGCCGACUCUGAUCCGUGGUGGCCUGGUCAUGUCGUGGCAAGUCUGGACUGCAUUUGCUAACUCGGAACGAGGUAUCUUCCUCGGCACAUGCGCCAACCUUGCCGUCGGCAAGACGGGCGAGAUCGCUUGGCGCCUGCAGUUCGGCUCGGCCUUCAUCCCCGCCGUGCCCCUCGUGCUCGGCACCUACUUCUGUCCGGAGUCGCCGCGGUGGUACCUCAAGAAGGGCCGGCACGCCAAGGCGUGGGGUUCGCUGCUCCGCCUGCGCAACACGCCGCUGCAGGCCGCGCGCGACCUGUACUACAUCCACUCGCUGCUCGAGUACGAGGAGACGCUGGUGCGCGAGGCCGGGCUGCGCGUCACGAGCAACAUGUUCACGCGCUUCGUCGAGCUGUUCACGAUCCCGCGGAUCCGCCGCGCCACGUGGGCGUCGGGCAUCGUCAUGAUUGCCCAGCAGAUGUGUGGCAUCAACAUCAUCUCGUUCUACAGCUCGACCAUCUUUAAGGAGAGCGGCAUCAGCGACUACACGGCGCUCUGGGCCAGCUUCGGCUUCGGCCUCAUUAACUUUACCUUUGCAUGGCCGGCCGUCUGGACCAUCGACACCUUUGGUCGGCGGACACUGCUGCUGUUCACCUUUCCCAACAUGUUCUGGACUCUGCUAGCUGCCGGCCUCUGUUACCUCAUCGACAAGGACAACGAGAACAGCACCGCGCGUAUCGCGGCCGUCGCUACUUUUGUCUACCUCUUCGCUGCCUUCUACUCCCCGGGCGAGGGUCCCGUCCCCUUCAUGUACUCAGCCGAGGUCUUCCCCCUCUCCCACCGCGAGAUUGGCAUGUCCUGGGCCGUCGCGACCAACAACUUCUGGGGCUCGGUGCUCUCGCUGACCUUCCCGCGCAUGCUCAUCGCCCUGACCGCCACCGGCGCCUUCUCCUUCUACGCGGGCCUCAACCUCGUCGCCCUGGCGCUCAUCUUCCUCUUCGUGCCCGAGACGAAGCAGAAGUCGCUCGAGGAGCUGGACUACGUCUUUGGCGUGCCCGACCGGACGCACGCCGCGUACCAGCUGAAGACGGUGCUGCCGUGGUGGACCAAGAGGUGGAUUCUGCAGCGGAAGGGCGCCGCGUGCCCGCCGCUGUACCACGACGAGAAUGCCGAGAGUCGCGAUGGCGAAGAGUGA